AGACUGACUUCCACGUAUACCUUCAAAUUCUCAUGUGUGGUCCUGAGAAAUCGCCUUUCCGCUCUCCUCUUCUUUCCUCAUCCCUCUCCCACGCUCACCUAUUGUGCGACACGCUGCAACUGCCACACCCGACGGGCUUCUUCGGCUUCUUCCAUACCACCACUCUCAUUUCCUCAAGACACGGCAUCGCCGUACCGUCAAGAUGGCCGGCCUCAGCCCCCAAAUAACCAACAUGGUCAUCAUCCUGGGCAUGAUGCAGCUGGCCAAGAAGAUACCGUUUGAGGAUCCCAACGUCCUCAACAUGGCGCGUGCCGGCUAUGCCCUGAGCAACCUGCUCAUCCUGGGCGUCUCUCUCUACAUCAUGUCUUGCAUCAACAAGAAGAAGGACCUCACGACCCUCAAGUACGUCGAGCCCACGCCGGUCGGGUCCUCGGAGGAGCCCAAGCUGGUGACGACGACGAUCCACGCGUACGACAUUGGCAAGCUCAAGGAGGCGCUCCGCUCGCAGGCCAUGGGCGUGGGCAUGAUGGCCGUGAUGCACCUCUACUUCAAGUACACCAACCCGCUCCUCAUCCAGUCCAUCAUCCCGCUCAAAAGCGCCUUCGAGUCCAACCUGGCCAAGAUCUACGUCUUUGGCCAGCCCGCCUCGGGCGACCUCAAGCGCCCCUUCAAGCAGGCCCAGGGCCUCAUGGCCGGGCUCCAGGGCGGAGCCGUCCAAAGUGACAAGAAGGCCGUCGAGGCUGCCGAGCGUGCCGGCCGCGGUGGCGCCAAGGAGGAGUAAGGGAUUUGGAAAGGGCAAAAAUACGGGAUCUCUUUUCUUUCAUUUCUUUGAUGUAAUUCUUUUCGGCGCCCGCGUUGUUUCCAAGUGCCAUGUUGAUCUCUUCGGUACCUUACAUAGGGGAUUGCGGAGCGGCGGCCCUGCACCUGGUCGAUUAAUGCAUAAGCAAUGCGCUUGGGGCCUACCAGAAUGUCAUGCCGACUAAAGCGAUUGGUCGGCAGGAAGCGCAAUCCGGUGCCGUGAUUGUGAAC